AUGGUGGGUAUCAAUCUAUUGAGACGAGGUUCACGUUUCAUCAUUGGGAAUGGAGUUUCUGUAAGACUAUAUGAGGAUCACUGGCUACCAACGGAUCCUCCUCGGUGUGCUACCCGAAUGACGAAUACACAACACCUAAUGGUCUCAGAUAUUAUUAUUGCUACAGAUACGUCUCAGCAGUGGGAUUUAGAUUAUGCUCGACAGUUACUAAACGAAGAAGAUUUUCAACUUAUGCUCAUGAUCUAUCUUCCUCAAACAAAGACUGGUGAUUUUCUUGUCUGGCCUUUUAAUCCUUCUGGAAAUUAUACAGUCAAAAGUGGAUACAAAAGAGACAUGCUGGAGCUAAGUAGAACAUCCCCGGAUUUACUCCGUCCACGGGGAGACCCUUUGUUGAAAAAGCAAAUUUGGACGCUUCCGACACUACCAAAACUGAAACCCUUCCUCUGGCGCCUCAUUACUUUAGCUUUGGGAACAAAUACAAGAUUAAAUACAAGGGGUAUGUCUUUGGAUAGCCUCUGCCCUCGUUGUUCUAGUUCCCCUGAAACGGUGAACCAUCUUUUCUUCAUGUGUCCACUUUCGAUUCAAACAUGGAGAUCGAAUCAGGUUACCUUAGGCUACUCUGCAGCGUUUACUGACGACUUGGAUAACAACAUGAGACGUCGGUUUGAUCUUCAGUCUUCAUCAACCCUGACACUGGAACAGAAGUUGACACCUUUUUGGAUACUUUGGAAGAUUUGGAAAUUGAGGAAUAACCUCAUUUUCAAAAAUCAAGUUAUCAACCCUCAACGCGAUGCUGGUUAUGUUACCGCAGAAGUUCGUGACUGGUGA